GGCAAGCAAGUCACAACCGCCGUCGCAUCGCACUCCCUUUGUUGCGCCUUUCCACUCUUUUUCUCCUUCAUUCAUUUUCUUCCCCUUCAUUUCAAUUCAAUUCUUCAGCGCCUUUAAUUCAUUCAACGUCUAUUCUUUCUUCCACCCCUGCUCGUACCUGAAGAAGGAUAGGUUCCGAGGUGCAAUAAGUCGAGCGAGCCUUGACACAUUGACGCCUAAUAUCCAUAUCUUUUCGCGACAACACUUGAAUUCUUCCGGGCUUUUUUGGUUGGUUUUAAUAGCAGAUUUCAGGAAAGGAGAUGGUGGCAGAGUUUUCAGACUUGGGGAAGAAGAAAGUGGCUAGCCACAUAUUCCUAUUCCUAUUCAACAUCAUCGUCAUCGUCUUCGCCACCCGAGUUAACAAGUUCCAUGACUUUUUCUACGUAGCAGACCUGUUCCCACUCGUAAUCUCAAUCAUCACACUAGUCGUCUUGUUCAUCAUGCUCGCCCUCGACUUUGUAACCUUGCGCUCACCCAUCGGGGUCCCACUCAUCGAAGGCGGCAUCCUCGGCAUCCUCACUAUCAUCUGGCUAGCCUUCAACGCUUUCUCGACCUCGCGAUGGCAGCACAUCCCUACGCAGUGCAACGAGAUCUCACUUGCUUACCCCUCGUAUAGAGCAUGGUGCAAGGACGUUCAAACUCUCAAAGCAUUCACCUGGGUCGUAUUCGUCAUGUGCCUCGCAAUAACGCUCUGGACCCUAAUCUACUCCCUCCUCCAAUACAAGAACGGGCACAAACACAUCCUCCGGACCCCGCUCUCGCAGUACGAACCUGGUGCCGCUGGGUCGGGCAAGACUGCGGAUUGGUAUGCGAAUGGAAACUACGAAUCCAACCCCCGCGCAGCAAAGACAACCUCCGGUUUCACAGUCCUCCAAACCGAAGCCGAGAAACGCGACAACCCGUUCGAGAGGCCUCCGCCUUCUAUAAUCCCGAGUGGGGAUAACACUGGCGCGGUGCCGAUGCAGAGGUUAGGUGGAGGUGGAGGUGCGGGUGCGGGUGCGCCGAUGUGGUGAUAAGUACUUGAGUGGUGUUGUGGGAGUGUGUUGAUGUGGUAGAGGAGGACGUAGGAAGAGGUGACGGGGUAGAUGGGGUAUUGGGUGACGAGAUGGAAUUUCUAUGUACCGUGAUUGAGUCAUUGUACACGCCUUUCUAUUUCUUUCGCUUUCUUGUUGCUUUUUAGUUAGUUCUUUUUGUAUACCAUUUUUAUACCC